AUGGGGGGGGAGGGCGUAGUCACCGAGGAAGGCCGGGAGGGCGGUGGCAGUCACCAGGAACCGCGGGGGCAGUGGGUGGGGCCGCCGCGGGCAGGGCCCGACCCGGCGGGACGGGGCGGGGCCGUCGGUGGGGUUGAGGCUGGGGGCUGGGACCGGGAGCGGAGAGAGAUCGGGCCCCCACACCCGCCCGGGGACCACAAGUUCCCAGACCAAAGAAACUGGCUGGGGCUCCGUUACAAGGAAGCCCCCCACCCCACUUCCCAGGCGCUGGAUUCCAGGCGUCCCACCCACACACAGGCGACACACUUCCUGGACCUCUGCCUUGCACUCUCAACACCCAGCUGUCACCUUGCCCUGGGCCCUAGAAGUCGCUCCUCCGCUUGGAAGCUGGACCACCAUGUCCCCUCACACUUGGGAGCGAAGGGCUUAGGGACCCCCAGUGGCUACAGAUCAGGCUACGGCCCCCCCAGUGGCCUGGGAGCAGGAUUUGGGAACGGGAAUGGCCUGGGAGCCCAGCCAGGCAUUGGAGGGGGUGUGAAACCCCAGAAGCCAGGGUUUGGGAACGGAAAUGGGCUAGCAGCAGGGGCCUUCCCAGGUGCGGUGGCCCAGCCAGGUGUUGGAGGUGGUGUGAAACCCCAGAAGCCAGCAUAUGGAAAUGGACUGGUUGCUGGUGCCUUCCCGGGGCUUGGAGCCCAGCCAGGCCCUGCGGCUCAGGGACCAGGAGUUGGAGGGGGCGUGAAACCACAAAAGCCAGGAUUUGGCAAUGGGAAUGGGAUGGGAGUUGGAGCCCAGCCAGGAUUCGGGAACGGGAAUGGGCCGGGAGGCGGCGCCUUCCCAGGAGCCGGAGUGCAACCAGGCCCUGCAACUCAAAACGGCUAUGGACCAGGCUUUGGAGGGGGUGUGGAGCCCCAGAAGCCGGGAUUCGGGAACGGCAACGGGCUGGCAGCCCAGCCAGGCCCAGCGACCCAGAACGGAUAUGGAGCAGGCUUUGGUGGGGGCAGGAAGCCCCAGAAGCCAGGAUUCAGGAACGGCAACGGGCUGGGAGGCCAGCCAGCUCACAAAGACUACAGAGCAGGCCCCGUGGUUCCCAUCAGCUACGGACCAGGCGUUGGUGAAGGCGGGAAGCCCCAGAAGCCAGUUUACAGGAAUGGGCUGGGAGCCGGAGUCUUCCCAGGCCUGGGAAGGGGCAUGAGUCCUCUGAAGCUAGGAUAUGCCCCAGGGCCUGGGUUGCAGCUCCUGGCAGCUCUUGGAGGGGGUGUGAAACCUCAGAAGCCAGGAUAUGGCAAUGGAAUUGGGGUGGGGGCCCAGCCAGGUCCCUGCAAUGGGAGGGUCCCUCCACUGCUGCUCCCCAGGCCUCCCGCUUCGGGGGUCCCUUCUGACAAAGGGGGCGGCUGGGGCCCCAAAUCUCAGCCCCCUCCCCCAGUGCAGAAUGGCAAGUUCCCAGCACCGACUCCGGCCAUCCAGUGGGGAAUGAAACCUCAGAAAGCAGGAUACCGGCCCCCGAACGGCUAUGGAGCAGGAACAGAACUGGGCUUUGGUGGUGGCCUCAAGCCUCAGAAAGUCGGGUUCGGCUACGGGAAUGGUCUGGGAGCUGGGGUCUUCCCUGAGGCCCACCUGCAGCCAGAGUUCCCUGGGGCCAAUGGCUUUAGGAAUGGGUUCGGGGAAGAAGCGCCAGUCUACCCCAAGGCAGCAGCUCCGGGCCCUGAAGGAAAUGGUCAGGCUGGGACCCUAAGGGCCUCCUCUUGGCUCUCCGUCCAGCCCUGGGUGCUUGCCCUGAAGCCUGGAUAUGGGGCUGGAGGCGCAUAUCCAGGGGUCAGGAGCCAGCCAGGCACAUAUGGACAGCCGAGGCCAGAGCUGGGCCCUGGACCCUUCGGCAGCCCUGAGGUGAAGAGAGGUGGCAGUGGCCUGCUGGGAAAUGGCUAUGGAGGCCACUGUUCUCUUGGAAAAUGCUGAGCGCCGAGGCCCUUCCCUCACCACCCAUCCUGAGUGCCUCAGAACCACAGCCCGGUGUGGGUGAGGACGACCGGACCCUGGGGCUUGGCUUCUGGCCUGGGGUCUCCUGCGGGCUGAAAGUAUUAAUAAAGAC